UGGACUCCCGGAAGUCAGCCAUGGCGUCUCUCCGCGAAGCUACCCUGCGGAAACUGCGCAGAUUUUCUGAGCUGAGAGGCAAACCUGUGGCAGCUGGAGAAUUCUGGGAUGUGGUUGCAAUAACAGCUGCUGAUGAGAAACAGGAGCUUGCUUUCAAGCAGCAGCUGUCAGAGAAGCUCAAGAAAAAGGAGUUGCCUCUUGGAGUUCAAUACCAUGUUUUUCCUGAUCCUGUUGGGACCAAAAUUGGAAAUGGAGGAUCAACACUUUGUUCCCUUCAGCAUUUGGAAGGCCUCUAUGGAGAUCAGUGGGAUUCUCUGAAGGUCCUGCUCAUUCACUCUGGUGGCUACAGUCAACGCCUUCCCAAUGCAAGUGCUUUAGGAAAGAUCUUCACAGCCUUACCACUUGGUGAACCCAUUUAUCAGAUGUUGGAGUUAAAACUAGCCAUGUACGUGGAUUUCCCCUCAAACAUGAGGCCUGGAGUUUUGGUCACCUGUGCAGAUGAUAUUGAGCUCUACAGUGUUGGGAAUUGUGAGUGCAUUGCCUUUGACCAGCCUGGCUUCACUGCCUUAGCCCAUCCUUCUAGUCUGCAUGUAGGCACUACACAUGGAGUAUUUGUCUUGCACUCUGACAGUUCCUUACAACAUGGUGACCUUGAGUACAGGCAGUGCCAUCGUUUCCUCCACAAGCCCACCAUUGAAAAUAUGCAUCACUUUAAUGCUGUGCAUAGACAAGGAAGCUUUGGACAACAGGAUUUGCCUGGAGGUGACAGUCCCUCUCUUCCAUUGCACACUGAGUAUGUCUACACAGAUAGCCUAUUUUACAUGGAUCACAAAUCAGCCAAAAAGUUACUUGAUUUCUAUAAAAGGGAAGGCCCACUGAACUGUGAAAUAGAUGCCUAUGGAGACUUUCUGCAGGCACUGGGGCCUGAAGCGACUGCAGAGUAUACCAGGAACACAUCACAUGUCACUAAAGAAGACUCCCAGUUGUUGGACAUGAGACAGAAAAUAUUCCACCUCCUCAAGGGAACACCACUGAACGUUGUUGUUCUUAAUAAUUCCAAAUUUUAUCACAUUGGAACAAUGCAAGAGUAUCUGCUUCAUUUUACCUCUGAGAGUACACUAAAGUCGGAGCUGGGCUUACAGUCAGUUGCUUUCAGUGUUUCUCCCAGUGUUCCCGAAUGCUCCAGUGAAGCAGCCUGUGUCAUUCACAGUAUCCUGGAUUCAGGAUGCCGUGUGGCCCCUAGCUCAGUUGUAGAGUAUUCUAGACUAGGACCUGAAGUGACCAUCGGGGAAAACUGCAUUAUCAGCAGUACUGUCAUAGCAAAAGCUGUGGUGCCAGCGUAUUCUUUUUUGUGUUCUUUAAGUGUGAAGAUAAAUGGACACUUAGAAUAUUCUACUAUGAUGUUUGGCAUGCAAGACAACUUGAAAAACAGCGUUAAAACCCUGGAAGAUAUAAAGGAACUUCAGUUCUUUGGAGUCUGUUUUCUAUCUUGUUUAGACAUUUGGAAUCUUAAAGCUACAGAGAAACUAUUCUCUGGAAAUAAGAUGAAUCUGAGCCUGUGGACUGCACGUAUUUUCCCUGUCUGUUCUUCUCUGAGUGAGUCGGUUACAGCAUCCCUUGGCAUGUUGAGCGCUGUAAAGAGCCGUUCACCAUUCAACCUAAGCAACUUUAAGCUUCUGUCCAUCCAGGAAAUGCUUGUCUACAAAGAUGUACAAGACAUGCUUGCUUAUAGAGAACAAAUUUCUCUAGAAAUUAGUUCAAAUAAACAAUCUGAUUUAGAGAAAUCUUAAAUUGAAUAUAUUGUGCCCAUGAACAAGAUUGCAAAUAUAGCCAUUUUUUAUAGACCUCUUUUUGGGUUUUUUUAGUAAAUCAAUAUAAUAAAAAUUAUGUUAAUAGAACUAUUGUAGCUUGGUAAUGAGAAUGGUACAGCUGACCACUUCUGCUAGAAGGACAUUCUAGGACUUAAGUCAGGAAAGUUAUACUGUUUUAGAUGUUUGCACCAUCUUAACAUUUUGCUUUUUGGUAAAGGGGCACUAUUUCAUUCAUAAAAUAAAUAUUUCUGUUGUAUAGAAUGAUUUUCUAAAUGUACCUUUAAAGCUUUUCUAUCUUCUUUUGAAAAUUGGACCAAUAAAUGUCAAGGUGAUAUUUGUAUUACUUUACUUCUCAUAGUGAAAUAGCACGUAAAAAAAUUAUUAUAAAGUCUUAAAAGAAAUGUCAUUAUUUGAGGUUUUCUUUCAAGAUUUUGUUCUAGUUUUAUUUUAUGUGUGUAAGUGUGUUACCUGCAUUUUGCAUGUGCACUACAUGCUUGCUGUACCCACAGAGGCUAGAACAGCUGUUCUCAACUUGUGAGUUGUGACCUUUUUUGGGGUCAAACACUCCUUUAAGGGGUAACAUAAGACCACUGGAAACCAAAGUACAUUAUGAUUCAUAUAGUGGGAAAAUUGCAGUUAAGAAGUAGCAACAAAAAUAAGGAAAGUUGAAAACCACCAGUCUAGAAGAAAGCAUUGGGUCUCUGAACUAAAGUUAUACAUGGUUAGAGACCUCCAUGUUGCUUCUGUAAGUCAACCUUAGUCCUAUAAAAGUGCUAUAAAAUGUUUGUGCCUCAUUGGUCUUGCCAAAAUUAUAUAAAAGUAUGUGUGUGUUAUUUUGUUCUUAUACACUAGAACAUCUGUUGCCAUAUUUUAUAAACUAUGUCUACUGAUGUAUGACACUGGAAAAUAUGUACACACAGAACUCAGUUGUCUGCUCAGGAGGUGGUAGGAAUAGAUGAGAGCCAGUACUCACGCACCAUGGUCAUUACUUAAUGUUCUCCUAGUUAAUCCUUCACCACUUCUCUUAAUUUUGUAGUGGACUUUUGCCUUGUUUCGUUGGUAGUGAUGCUGUGAACAAACAAUUGGGCCAAAGAGAGGAAAUUCAAAUUGGAAAUCUGAGAAACUGUUCAAAUCAUAAACGACCUCAGGGAAAUGAAAUGGGUGGAAUUCCUGGUUACACAUAACCUAUUUUGAAAUAAACACAUUACUGGAAUGUCUAGGCUGAACUUUAAUAAAGGCAAGUCUUGUAUUUAAAAUUGUAAUACCUGCUGUGACAACUUAUAUGUAAGUUUCCAUAAAAGUAUAUGAUAAACAAGAUAUCUGUCAAAACCCCUCUUUAUUAUUUAUAUAUGAAUAUUUAUUUGUGUUUUUGAGGUUCUAGACAAUAAAGCAAAGUACGUGUGAUACUAUUUGACAAUUACCGAUUUAUUAACAGAUUUCAAAGAUGGUUAAAUGUUAUUAAAUGCUCAAGAAGAAUUUAAAGUCCUAAUGAAGGAUUAGAAUUACAAUUUCAUGUACCAAGAAAAUAAUUAUUAAU